CCACUCAAAUAACUUCUACAUCCUAACUUGAAGCUGAAAAAGGUUAUUAUAUUUUCUCAGCCAAAAAAAAAGAAAAGAAGAAAAAGGAGAUGGAAAUCCCUGUGAUUGACUUCAGUAAGAUUGAGGGUGAGAAUAGAGGUGAAGCAAUGGCACUUCUUCAUGAAGCAUGCAAAAACUUUGGCUUUUUCAUGAUUGAGAACCAUGGAAUUGAUAAAGACCUUAUGGAGAAAGUGAAGCAUUUGGUGAAUCUGCAUUAUGAAGAGAACAUGCAAGGCGAAUUUUUUGACUCAGAGACAGCAAAGAGUUUGGCAAACAAUGAGUAUAUCAGCGGCAAAGACUGGGAAACCACCUUCUUCGUUUGGCAUCGUCCAAAUUCCAACAUCAAUGAGCUUACCCUGUCAAAAGAUCUUAGCAAAACGAUGGACGCAUACAUUGAUCAACUGAUUAAGCUUGCGGAAAAGCUUUCCGAGCUCAUGUGUGAGAAUCUGGGUAUACAAAGGAAUUCCAUAAUGGAAGGAUUUGCUGGAGGCAGCGCUCCUUCCGUGGGGACAAAAGUGGCAAUAUAUCCCGAAUGCCCUCGCCCUGAACUCAUCAGAGGACUCCGAGAGCAUACAGAUGCUGGUGGGAUUAUUCUCCUGCUGCAAGAUGAUAAAGUCCCUGGCCUUGAAUUUUUCAAAGACGGAAAAUGGGUGAAAAUUCCGCCUUCAAUAAACAACAGACUUUUCGUAAAUACAGGUGAUCAACUGGAAAUUUUAAGUAAUGGAGCUUACAAGAGUGCUUUGCACCGAGUCUUGGCUAUGAAGGAUGGAAGCAGACUCUCCAUCGCCACCUUCUACAACCCUGCUGGUGAUGCAAUCAUUUCUCCAUCUCCACAGCUAUUGUUACCCAAUCAUUUCCGCUUCCAAGAUUACCUAGACCUUUAUACCAAAACUAAAUUCGAAGAAAAGGGUCUCAGGUUUGAGUCCAUGAAGAGCAUGGCAAAUGGACACUAAGAACAUGUUCAGUACACGGCAUUGGACACAACUAGACGGUAAAACGGACAAGAUUUCAGCUUUUUCUCUUCCUUUAUACUGUCUUGUAUUAUCCAAUGACCUUACUAAACAUGCAAUAAGUGUUCCUGCAAGAGAGUCAUAAUUCUUAAAUCCGUUAUGCGUAACAGUGAAGUAAUGUGUCCUAUAAUUUCCUUCCUUAUUUGUCAGUCUUUUUUUUCCCUUUACUUUGUCAAAGUUUAAGAGAACCUGCUGUAGACUGCUUCCUUAACUUUUCUUUCAUAGGUAAUAUAUAAACUACAAUGUUAAAAAAUUUCAUUUCCA